ACCAGCACUAGCAGGAGGUCUACCCUCUGCUGCUUGCCCUAGCUUGGUACGGUAGCCAUGGACGAGUACUUCUACCAGUCGCUGCUCCUCUCCGUGGCGACCGUCGCGUUGCUGCAGCUGGUGAAGCUGGCGCUGACGCCGAGGCCACGGCUGCCGCCGGGGCCCUGGAGGCUGCCGGUCGUUGGCAGCAUGCACCACCUCGUCAACGUGCUCCCCCACCGCGCGCUGCGAGACCUGGCGGCCGCGCACGGCCCGCUCAUGAUGCUGCAGCUCGGCCAGACGCCGCUCGUCGUCGCCUCGUCCAGGGAGACGGCGCGCGCCGUGCUCAAGACCCACGACACCAACUUCGCCACCCGGCCCAAGCUCCUCGCCGGGGAGAUCGUCGGCUAUGAGUGGGUCGACAUCCUCUUCGCGCCCUCCGGCGACUACUGGCGGAAGCUCCGCCAGCUCUGCGCCGCCGAGAUCCUCAGCCCCAAGCGCGUCCUCUCGUUCCGCCACAUCCGAGAGGACGAGGUGAUGCUCAAGGUGGAGGAGAUCCGCGCGGCUGGGGCGUCGACGCCGGUGAACCUGAGCGUCAUGUUCCACAGCAUUACCAACAGCGUCGUGUCCCGGGCCGCGUUCGGGAAGAAGCGCAAGAACGCCGCCGAGUUCCUGGCGGCGACCAAGGCCGUCGUCGGCCUCUCCAGCGGCUUCAACAUGCCGGACCUGUUCCCGACCUGGACCACCGUGCUGGCCAAGCUCACCGGCAUGACGCGCAGACUCAAGGAGAUCCACAGGACGGUGGACACCAUCCUCGAGGAGAUCAUCGAGGAGCGCAAGGGCGCCCGCGGCGAGAAGAUCAAGAGCGGCGUCCCCACCGACGAUGUCGACGAGAACCUCGUCGACGUGCUAAUCGGCCUGCAGGAGAAAGGAGGCUUCGGCUUCCAACUCACCAACAGCAUCAUCAAGGCCAUCAUACUGGACAUGUUCGCGGGCGGGACGGGGACGUCGGGGUCGGCCAUGGAGUGGGGGAUGUCGGAGCUGAUGCGGAACCCGGCAGUGAUGAAGAAGCUGCAGGGGCAGAUCAGGGAGGCGUUCCGGGGGAAGGCGGUGGUGACGGAGGGCGACCUGCAGGCGAGCAACCUCCAGUACAUGAAGCUGGUGAUCAAGGAGGCGCUGCGGCUGCACCCGCCGGCGCCGCUGCUGGUGCCCCGCGAGAGCAUCGAGGAGUGCGAGCUCGACGGCUACACGAUCCCGGCCAAGUCGCGGGUCAUCAUCAACGCGUGGGCCAUCGGCCGCGACCCCAAGUACUGGGAGGACCCCGACGAGUUCAAGCCGGAGCGGUUCGAGGACGGCUCCCGCGACUUCACCGGCGGCAGCUACGAGUUCCUCCCCUUCGGCUCCGGCCGGCGGAUGUGCCCCGGCUUCAACUACGGGCUCGCCAGCAUGGAGCUCGCGUUCGUCGGGCUGCUCUACCACUUCGACUGGUCGCUGCCGGAGGGCGUCAAGGAGGUCUACAUGGCGGAGGCGCCCGGGCUCGGCGUCCGCCGCCGCACGCCGCUGAUGCUCUGCGCCACCCCGUACGUCCCGGUCGCCGGCGCCGCCGCCUAG